AUGGGUUACUUCUAUGGAACAUUAGGAAAAAUAGUUUGGUAUUUUGAAGAUCCAGUUUCUAAAAAUUGUAAUCAUUAUGCAACAAAAGAAAUAACAAAUCAUGUAAAACUUAUUAAUAAUGCAUUGGAUAAUAUAAAACUUGAUCAUGAGUUUCAACGCGGAUCAAAAACUUGGGCGAAACAAUUUGAUCCAAAUGAAAUGAAAUCGAAUGAAAUGAAUAUUAAACAAAUAAUCGCACAAGGACAUGAUCUUACUCGUGAUCUUCAUACUUGUCUUCAUGCAAAUUCUAUUCAAAAUAAAGAAGAAAAUCAAAUGCGAGAAUUACAUAGUUGGACAUGUGAUGUAUUAAAUGAUUAUCAUCAAAAUCUUCAACCAUAUGCAUCGGGUUCUUAUGGUCGAUUAGAUAAUAUUGCUCAUCAUCUUGGUGUUACCGAUCGAUAUAUUGGUUAUCGACAUAAUUUAACUCGUGGUGGAAAUCAACCAGUAAAUAUUCAUACAAUAUGGGCUGAUCGAAAAUUACCUCGUGCAACAACAGCUGCUCAAAAUCAAUCAACACCGGAUUGGAAAAAUUGGGUUCAUGCUUAUCAACAUUAUGGCCCAUCACCAACAACAACAUCAAAUCGACAAAUGACAAAUAAUAAUAAUAAUAAUCCGAAUCUUCUUGGUUAUUUACGUCGAACACAAACAGCAGACAUGAAACGUCCGAGUACAACACCAAAUUUUGCUUCGCGACCACAAGUCUAUGAAAGUUAUCAUGAUGGAGAACUUCGUAAAGCAGGUAUGGUUACAAAAUUUCCAGGUAAAACUGAAUUUAUGGAUCGAUAUAAAAAGCCACAACAUGUACCGUAUUCUGACUUUACAAUUAAUCCUCAACCUGAUUUUACAUUACCUGGUCGACCAUUAGCUCGUGUUAUACCUGAUUCAUUCAAUAGUGAAUAUACACGCAGUUAUCUUUUUCCUGAUUCAGCAAAACUUGAAAGAUUUCCAUGGCUUCGUUCAUAG